AUGCAGGAGCAGACGUCGGCCGCCGCCCAUCAUGAGCAUGAGACGGCACCACGGCCAAAGGCGAACCCUGUCCCAGGUAUCCUCAAGUCUCCGGUGUCCAUAUCUACCGUCACACCAAGCGCAGACCCAUCGCUAAUGUCGCUAUCGCCGCUCGAGAAUAAGGAACUGACAAUGCAAAAUACAAUGCAAAAUGCCGGCGUCGGCGUCAAGCAGCGAGCUCGUGCCUCUUCCCAUCGCAAAUCCACCAGUUCCAGAGCCUCGAACGGCGACGAGGCGACGGAGAACUCACCCCGGCUGAAAUGGGACGAGGCAAACCUCUAUCUCACCGAACAAGAGCGGACUUCGACCAUGAAGAUCGAUGAGCCCAAGACACCGUAUGUGCCGCACUACGACUACAACGAAGAGAAUGACGACAUGGACCUCGGAGAAGACGACGUCGGGUUCCAUGUUGAAGGAGUGGUGGUGGAUGAACUAGAUAUGAACAAGGCCAAGAGCAAGAGCAAGAGCAAGUCAAGGGCGGACGACAUACCCGAUCUAGAGCUUGGAGACCCGGAAGAAGAUACGUGGAAGGACGUCAGGGCGAGCGAGGCGGAUCGGAUCGUGCGAGAACGAAGUCUGAGCUUUGGAAGCACAGGGAGCAAGAAACGUGUCGUCGUUGGAGGGGACGACAAGGAUGAGCAUGAUCCCACGCAGGAGGAGGCGCAGAAACACCAUGAUUUUGAAGAGAAGCGGAAGAAACAUUAUGAGAUGGGCAAUAUCAAGAAUCUCCUUGGACACCCUGAGAAGAUAGAUGUUGAUGAAGACGAGGACGAGGAUGAGGACGAAAACAAGGCAUCUGCGGGUGCUCCGAGACAGCCUCCGGCCGUCCCUAAGAUUCCCGAACAGUACGCAAAGCAGUCGCACUAA